UUCGAAAUCAGUCGGAUAUGAUGUACAAAAGCAGCAAUUAGCCAAAGGUAGCAGAGGCACAGCUCAGGGGAGGAAUGGCGAGCAGACAAGGCGGUUCAUUCAAUUCCUUUCUCGGUAGGAGGAAAUCGCCUCCUGCUAGCCCGUCCAGCGAACAACAGAGAGCAAGAGGGAGAAACUUACGCGGCAAAAACACACAAUAAGAAACGAUUCUGAGCUUACUUUUCUCGUGCUUGGCUGUCCGACGGCACCGGGGUGCCUUUGCCUUUGGGGAACAUUGUUUUGUGUGGGAGGACGCCCGCCUUCUCUUUCUUUUUCUCGCUAUUUCAUCUGUCAGAUCAUCGCGGCCGCGACCCUCUCGCACUCCAACCGCACUCCUCCUCAACCCGACGACUCAACCGAGCCUGGUCCGGAGGGAAGAGGCGGGGCCGGGUCUGACUGAUGGUCGGGACAGCCAAUGAGGGAGCGCUGUUCGAGUUAAGAACCACGAUCCGGCUAACAGGGAGCUGUUUCUGCGCCGGUGUGUAGCCAAUGUCCAUUGGCACUCACAGGACGCGUCUCGACUUCACCGUGAGCAGUGACUCUUAAACUCGUUGUGAAUUAUGACGUCAGAAGGGAACCAUGCAGACACUGUGCAGGACCUUCUGCUCAUCCUGGAGAAUGAAGAAACAUACAGAAACCCUACAGAAGUCAAGAUGAGUCAGAUCGUCCUGCCUUGCCAUGCAAACCACUGUGGAGAGCUGAGUGCAGGACAGCUGCUGAAGUGGAUGGACUCCACGGCCUGCUUAUCUGCUGAGAGACACGCCGGAUGUUCUUGCAUCACUGCAUCUGUGGAUGACAUCCAUUUUGAACACACUAUAGGGGUGGGGAAGGUGGUCAAUAUCAUAGCAAAGGUCAACAGAGCCUUCACGUCCAGUAUGGAGGUUGGCAUCUUAGUGACUUGUGAGGACCUUUACUCUGCCAGGCAGUGGAAGGUUUGCCAUGCCUUUGCUACUUUUGUUGCAAGAAGAACUGAAGCCGGGAAGGUUCAGCUGAAACAGGUGACUCCCCGCACACAAAUGGAGCAGAUGGAGUACAGCCUGGCAGCAGAGCGGAGGAGGAUGAGGCUCAUCCACGCUGAGAUCAUUACAGACCUGCUGAGCAGCAGCACAGCUCAGCUGGGAGAGUGCCAGGAGUUUCAGGAUGCUGUGCCAGCCGAGCGGACACGAGUGGAGAGUGUGGAGCUGGUGCUACCGCCACAUGCCAACCACCAGGUCAGCACCUUUGGGGGGCAGAUCAUGGCCUGGAUGGAGAAUGUGGCUACAAUUGCAGCAAGUCGCUUGUGUAAUGCCCACCCAACCCUGAGGUCCAUAGACAUGUUCCAUUUUCGUGGCCCGUCUCAUAUUGGUGACCGACUGGUACUGAAAGCCAUUGUUAACAAUGCCUUCAAGCACAGCAUGGAGGUGGGAGUGUGUGCUGAGGCCUACCAGGGUGGAGAACCUCUGCGCCAUAUAAAUAGUGCUUUUAUGACCUUUGAGGUUCUGGGCAGUGACAGGAAACAAAGCACACUGCCGCGGAUACGUCCAGAGCCUGUGGAUGGAAAAAGACGUUAUCAGGAAGCUAUUGCGAGGAAAAAGAUUCGGCUUGAUAGAAAAUACAUAAUCUCCUCCAAGCAAACAGAUGUGCCUCUGUCUGUUCCCUGGGAUCCAAGUAACCAGAUGUACCUGAGCUACAAUAAUGUGUCGGCACUGAAACUAAUAGAUACCAGGAAUAACUGGGUUUUAACUUCAGAGAAAAACAAGGUCAGACUGUACACACUGGAGGAAAACCACAUGCUGUGUUUUAAGGUGGAGAUGCACGUCAGCGUACCAGCAGAGCAGACUUUCCACCUACUUUCAGACCUGAGGAGGAGAAAGGAGUGGGAUCGGCAUUAUGAGGAGUGUGAGGUGAUCAACCAUGCAGAUGAAGAAGACACUCUUUAUCGCGUAGCUACACCUUCUAUCAGCAAAGGGGGCAAAGGCCAGGACUUUAUCUUGCUGGCAUCUCGGAGGAAACCAUGUGAUUUCAGGGACCCGUUUCUGAUUGCUCUGCGCUCUGUCACUUUGCCCACUCACCCUCCUACUGAGGACUACACCAGGGGAGAGGUGCUCUGCGCUGGCUUCACAAUCUGGGAAGAGUCCAGUAACGUCACCAAGAUCACCUACUACAACAAGGCCACGCCAGGCGUCCUCCCUUACAUCUCCACAGACAUUGUCGGCCUCUCCUCCGGCUUCUACAGUGCCUUCUCCGCCUGCAGUCGCUUCCUGGAGGACAAUAAGGAUAGCCUGGUGGCCUUGCCAUCCUCUGCACUGUUACAAGACUGUGCUGCAAAGCUCUCCCUGAAUGAGGAGCAGAAGCAUCAAUAGGUUCCCCUCUGUUGUUGAGGUGCUAUGUCCCUGAAGAAGGUAUGGCUGAAUGUAAGUGUAUCUAUGUAAAGUAUUUGUACUUUGUUUUUCAAGUCUUUAAACCUUAAAGCUCUCUUUAUUAGUGUGUAUUUUUUUUCUAAAAAUGAGAGAUAUUCUCUUUUCACAAGAUAAAUGAAAACACUGCAUACCUUUUUUUUAAAUGUUUUCUGCUAGAUUAAUAGAUAUGAUGUAAGAGCGCACAAUGUUCCUGCUAGAUUACAAACCUCUUAUGUGUUCUUAGAGCUACAAUAUUGUGGAAAUGUUUUAUUUUACUAAUUUAUGAAUCAACAAAUCAUACUUAACAACAAAGGUGUAAGUGUUAUGCACAGUCUAAACUUGUUUUAUAUUUUAUUACCUGCUUUUAUAGAGACUAACAUGUUGAAAGAAGUAGUCCAUGCUGAGAUAUUUGAAUAUAGCUUCUUUUGAUAAGAGUAGUUUAUUUUCUACCUCCUGAAGAAACAGUUUGUAUUAAAUUAAAUGAAUUAAAUUAUAAGUUAACACAGAUGUUUGCUGAGGAUGUAUUGAUGCUGUUUUAUUUUGAGAUAAUAAUGUAAAGGUUUAGAGGAAAUCUCUUGCACUGAUUGUAUAAAAUUUGACAUUCAAUGGCUGAGUAUUGCACAUGAAAAGCUGCAUUUCUUGAAAAAAUCUGAAACAAUAAACACAAUAAACCAGCGGA